CUUAAGGUUAUUUUUCUCAGUUUUGUAUUAGGUACCCUUAUCUAUUAAUACGCCCUUCUUUCCCCCUCUUUUCUUCAACCUACUUACCUUCCUGGUCAUACAACUUCACUCCACCACUCCCAACUCUCUUACAUUUCCUCAUCCUUCUUACCAACGUCACCAUGAGCGACAAAGAUUACUCCUACAAGAGCUCCGGCUCCAACAGCCAGGGCAACCAUUACUGCGCCCGAGACUACGGCAGCAGUGCUCCCAAUCAGAAUUCCUACCACUACUCGAACCAGGACGGUUCGUACUACUACUCCAACUCCAACGGGUCUACCUACUACAACGACGGCCAGGGUAGCUCUACCUACACCUCCCCGUCGGGUUGGACAACUUCGUCGGGAUCCGGAGGUAGCAGCGGCAGCGAUGGCAAGAAAUGAAAGGAGGAUUGUCUUAUGAGAGUGAAUCAAUCUAAUUUCUCUCGUAAAUAAGAGUAUGGCUAAGUGAAUUAGCCUUUCGGACAAGGAAAAAAAGGGAAAAUGACAAAAAAAAAAAAAAAAAAAAAAA